AUGGCGGGAAUCAGAUUGCUACCGGAAGAACCAGAGAGUACUCCUCAGCAACAGGCCAGAGCUGCGGCGGCGGAAAGUUUGGCUUCCGACGACGAUCGAUCUGUUGCUGCGGAUUCGUGGUCGAUCAAGAGCGAGUAUGGAAGCACCCUCGACGACGAUCAGCGCCACGCCGAUGCCGCCGAGGCUCUCUCUUCCGCUAACUUCCGUGUCUCUUCAGAUUAUAGUUCUGAUAAGGAAGAGCCAGAUGCUGAUGGAGGACAGUCAAUGCUUGGUCUCCAAAGCUAUUGGGACGCUGCGUAUUCCGAUGAGCUCACUAAUUUCAGGGAGCAUGGUCAUUCCGGCGAAGUUUGGUUUGGGGAUGAUGUCAUGGAAAUUGUUACUUCUUGGACAAAAGACUUGUGCAUUGAAAUUUCUCAACGGAACAUGUCUGUUUCUGAAAACGAUGUCAAUACGGAGGUGAAUGAUCAGGGUGACAAGUAUUUGUCUAACUGGAAUGUGCUUGACCUUGGUACCGGAAAUGGCUUACUCCUUCAUCAACUUGCUAAGGAGGGGUUCUCUGAUUUAACUGGGACUGAUUACAGUGAAGGGGCGGUAGAACUCGCUCAACAUCUCUCAGAACGUGAUGGGUUUCCAAAUAUCUGUUUCAUGGUUGAUGAUAUCCUUGAGACAAAAUUGGACCGGCAGUUCAAGCUGGUAAUGGACAAAGGAACUUUAGAUGCGAUUGGUUUGCAUCCUGAUGGCCCUGUCAAAAGAGUCAUGUAUUGGGAUUCAGUGUCCAAGCUGGUUGCUCCUGGUGGGAUAUUGGUUAUCACAUCGUGUAACCACACAAAGGACGAACUCGUGGAAGAAGUGGAGAACUUCAACAUCAGAAAAUCUAACUUAUCUAGAGAUGGAGAUUACGCGACCAAUGUUUCUUCUUCAGACUCUGAAGCUGCAAACAGAAAUAUUGAUCAUGCUCCUCCGUUUGAGUAUCUGAGCCAUGUUAGGACAUAUCCGACCUUCAUGUUUGGUGGGUCAGUAGGAUCUCGUGUGGCAACUGUUGCUUUUCUAAGGAAGUGA